AAUGUGACUAACGAGGAGCAUCAGCUGUCCCUCCUGAGACCAUGCUGCAGCUGCUCCUGACUGUCCUUCUGUUUGUUGAAUCGCCUAAAGAUGUGGACUCUGGUCCUGUACCUGAAGCCCAAACAGCUCUUCGGGAAGACCUGUUGAGUAAGGUGUUGCAUUAUAUAAAUUCAAACCCAGAGACUGUAGAAGAACUGGCAUCAGAGAACGAUGGCGUGUUGGGGGGAGACAUGAUAACAGCAGCGCAGUGGGAACCGUGUGGCCAACUCAGGAGAUACCGUACGUCAUCAGCCCAGCGUUGGGAAUCUUUUUUUAUUUGUGUAUUUUCAGCCAGUCGGAGGAAACACAUCCUCUCUGCUAUGAAGAUGGUGUCUAAAGACACCUGCGUGUCCUUCCACAAGCGAACCUCUGAGACAAACUACCUGCUCUUCACAACCAGCAACGGUUGUGCGUCGUCCGUGGGCUUCUUGGGCGGAGAGCAGCCAGUGUACGUCGGGCCCACGUGCCUCGUGGGUAACAUCGUCCAUGAGAUUCUUCACGCUCUGGGCAUCCAACAUGAACACACGAGGACAGACCGUGAUCAGUACAUUGCAGUUCUUCCCCAUAAUAUCAUGCCAGGGAUGGAGAAAAACUUUAAAAAACAAGAAGGCGAAACCUUCGAUCUUCCUUAUGACGUUACAUCUAUCAUGCACUAUGGAAGUGUUUUUUUUUCAUCAAACGGCCGGCCCACCAUUGUCCCCAAAAAUAAUGUGAAGGACAUGGGACAGAGGGUUAAAAUGACAAAGAUGGACAUUGAGAAAGUUCGCCGUCUCUACAACUGUGAUGCAGAGACGCAGCAGGAAAGCAGUGGCGAUGGGAUGGAGGUUAGAAACAUGCACGUAGUGGCCCCAAACAAUCCUGUUUCUGCCAACAAACCAGAGAAAAAUCAAACAUCUACUGUCUCUCCGUCCACUUCGCUGCAGCACCUGACUGCUGCCACGAGAGGGAACAGUAGCACCAGCAGAGGACACGACUAGACUGAGCUGGGACUUUGUACCAAUAAAACCAAAAUAUUCAUCCCAGAUUUGUCUUUGCUGACAUGUUUCACAAGACAUCAGGCAGCUGAAACAAACUCAUUUAUCUGUUAAUGUCCCUCAUUAUUAAAAAAGAAACCAGUACCUUCCAAGUGCUGGGACACCUGACACCAAUAUAAAGAGUGGUAACAAUAGCUAACCUACUGUUUGCCAUAUCAAUCAGUGCAAUGUCUAGAAAUUAUUUUAAUCACAAUAUUAGUUGAUUAGAUUCGGUGUAGUUGAUUUUGUGAUUAACUUUUCUCUCUAAAAGAGAAAAGGUGUCCGUUUCACAUCAUCUCUCUCUGCCGUGCAUUACAACACAAUUAUCAUCACAAAGCUGUAUUUAGAAGAUAUUGGAUGAAUCCCAUCACAGACUCAAGAAAUCCCCCAUUAAGCUCACAUCACAGUAACUUAUCUGCGUCAGACAAAUCAUCGUCUCUAUGUUUGUGUUUGUAAUUCUGGCGCGUUUCCACCAAAUGAUUUCCUUAAUUACCAUCCACAGGGGGGGCCGCUGUAAUUAAAAGACUAUUAAAGCC